AUGGUUCGUCCACGUGGUGGACCUGGGCGUGGAAGAGGCCGAGGCCGGAGAUCGAGAUGGGAUGAUGCACAUGCUGUUAACGUGCUAGUUGAAUACCCAGAACCGCCAGAGUCACUUUGCACAGACGAAGAAGAAGAAGAGGAAGAAGAAGAAGAAGAGAGUAGUGACGAAGGAAGCGAGGACCAGGUUGACGAAUCAGAAGAUGGAAGCGAAGACGAUCUCGGGUCAGCCACCGAUCUGUCGACGCCUGUCCCUGUCGCUAUGUGGGACUUUCAGCACUGCGACCCACGCCGGUGCAGCGGUAAAAAGCUUGCCAGGCAUGGUUUGAUCAAGGAAAUGCGCGUCAACCAGAAGUUCCGAGGCAUUGUGCUCACGCCUCAUGCUACGCAAGUGCUCUCACCUGCCGAUGCACCUAUUCUGCGUGAAUAUGGCGUAGCCGUGGUAGAAUGCAGCUGGGCUCGUUUGGACGAAAUACCUUUUGGCAAAAUCAAAAGUCCACACGAGCGCCUGCUGCCACGCCUCAUGGCGACGAAUCCUGUUAAUUACGGCAAACCAUUUAAGCUGAACUGUGUCGAGGCACUUGCCGCGGCCUUCUACAUUUGCCAAGCAAAGCCACUAGGCGAUCAGCUCCUAUCAAAAUUCGCAUGGGGAUCAAACUUCCCCGCGUUAAACCAUUCUUUUCUUGCGCGCUACCGCGAAUGUCGAAGCAGCCAAGAGGUCACACAGGCAGCCGACCAAUUUGCUCAAGAGGAAGAAGAGGAGCGACUCGAGCGGCAGUUUGCUAAAACUGAGUUAGGCGGCGGCUAUGAUGCUAUACCACUUCCACCUGCAUCAUCUGAUGAAGACGGCGAAUAA